AGCUGCUGUCGGCUCGUUGGGAGACUCAGUCGCGUCCCGACUUUCGGACCGUGCACACCACGCCCCCCUCCACAUCGCCCGCGCAACAACACAACAUUGGCCAGCAGCGGGUUUUUUUUUCCGGGGGGGAAUGCUACUCAUCAUUACUCAACAGUGAUUGUGGGGCCGUGAAAUGUAUUAAAACCCGAAACAAAAUGUGUGUGACGGAGAGUGUCGAGUGUUGGGACGGUUCUCAUCAUGUUGUUGUGUCACGUUUUAUUGAGACUGUCGUGUAGGUGACCGGUUUUUGAUUUGGUUAAUUUCCCCCCCUUGUGUGGCAGCAGCGGGUGCCGAUAUGGCGCAUGCGGAACUUGAUGCCACAACAAUCACCAGCAGCAGCAGCAGCAGCCCGCAGACCACCAGUUUCAUAUCGUCCUAUUCUCCGCCAUCGGCGGCGGCGAUCCUCGCCAGUGCAACGCAACAGAUUCAACAGUCUCUGCAAUCCUCGUCCCAAUCCGCUAGGAGCUGUGGCGGAAGCAACGUUGCCAUUGCAUUGCAGCAGCGACGAAAGACCGUUUACUUUACAGUCGGCCAGCGUCAAGAAGUGGCCAUCUUCGAGGACUACACGCCUUCCGAAGACAUUAAAAGUUUGUUUAGUAGCGCAGCCGAAGCCGGUCCUCACGACAUUCUCAAGAUGUACACACCCGAGGGAUCGCUCGUCAACAUUUCCAACCGGCUCGAAAGUAACCGGCCCGACGCUCCGUAUCGGCUCGAAUUGGUCGCCGCCCAUUUCAAUCAAGGAUCGUUGCCCGAGCAAUUGAGAGCUGAACUGGCCCUGCUGGAAGAAAGGGUCUCGGAUUUGGAGCGGCGGAUGCACGACCUGGCCUCCCUCUACCCGCAGGACGUCCAAGCCAUGCGGGACGAAUUGGAACAGCACAAACAAAUUCUCGGGUUGUGCAGAGCUGGAACCACAUUCCGGCACGCUGGAAUGGGCCGUCCUUAUUGGAACAGACACAAAGCCCGGCGGAAAUCCGAGUCGGAGAAACGACUCGUCUGCGAGAAAUAUCUUUACAUCAGCACAAUGACAUUGACGGAAGAGAUCCGGCGCUGCCUGCGGAUGCCAACGUUCGAUAAUUGGCAGUGGGAGGACGAAGAGAUUCUGCUGCUCCUGCAGCAAAUGUACGUCGAUUUGGAUUUGCUGAGCAAAUUCGACAUCGACCUCGACGUCCUGCGCAAAUUCCUCUGUCAAGUCUACAUGAACUACAACGAGGUGCCGUUCCACAAUUUCCAGCACUGCUUCACCGUCAGUCAAAUGAUGUACGGCAUCAUUUGGUGCCUGGAUUUACCAGACAAAAUCGGCGACCUGGAAACACUGAUCCUCUUGACUUCCUGCAUAUGCCACGACCUCGAUCAUCCGGGAUUCAACAACAUUUAUCAGAUCAACGCCAGGACGGAGCUGGCCCUGCGCUACAAUGAUAUUUCGCCGCUGGAAAAUCACCACUGCUCGGUGGCGUUCAACAUUUUGGAAGAUUCGACGGCCAACAUUUUCCGAUCCUUCACGGCCGACGUCUACAAAAGCGUCCGCGAGGGAAUCAUCCGCUGCAUUCUGGCGACCGACAUGGCCCGUCACAACGAGAUCCUCAACCAGUUCAAUCAAAUCGCCCCCAUCUUUGAUUACGACAAUCGAGCCCACAUCAAUCUGCUGUGCAUGGUGCUGAUCAAAGUGUCGGACAUUUCGAACGAAGCCAGGCCGAUGGAUGUGGCUGAGCCGUGGCUGGAUUGCCUCCUGCAGGAAUUCUUCGAGCAGAGCGACCGCGAGAAAAUGGAAGGCUUACCCGUCACGCCUUUCAUGGACCGGGACAAGAUCACCAAACCGUCGUCCCAAUGCUCCUUCAUCGGAUUCGUUUUGCUUCCGCUCUUCGAGGCCAUCGGUCGCCUUUAUCCCGAACUAGACAAUUUAAUAGUCAAUCCGGUCAGAGAAGCUUUGGAUUACUAUCGAAAACUGAACGAAGCUUCACGUCGCAAUCUGGAGCAGCCGGCGAGUCCGACGCCGCCGGCAACUUCAGUUUCAUCCGCCGCCCACGACUGCGUCCAGGAAAAGGAAGCGACUCCAUCCUUCACUGAUGAAUCCACCGGCAGUCAGCAGCGAUCCAAAGCAUCACACCAACUCAUCCAGCAGCGCAGCGCGACCAGCAUCGAAGAUGACAGGAAAAACAAUCUACAGAUGGAUCAUCCGUUGAUAGUUGGCGCAGCCCCGACGACCCCCAUCAGCCGAGAAAGGUCGCUCUCGCAAGAGGAAGAAAUCCGACGCUUCUCAUUCGGCCUCGAUCCCGACACGUUCACCGAAGUGGAAAUCUGCGAGAAAACGUUCUCGUUCAAGAUCAGCACGGACAUUAGACCGUUGCCGGGAUGGAGCAGCAGCGGCGGCGGAGUAGUAGGUGGCAACGGAAGUUGCCAAAACGGAAGACAGCCAUCAUCAGCCUUCCGGCGGGCAUCACUGGCUGUCAUGUCUGCUUCUCUUGCCGAGUCGGCCAGGAUUCUGGCCAGUGGGGUGGUGGCCGCCCGUAGUGCCACCAACAGUCCCACACAGUCAGGGCCGAGUGCUUAUCGGACCAUCCAGGAAGAGGAGGAUGAAAUUCCGCUGGACGUGCCCACGACAACCACCACCAGCACCACGACGUCGUUGACCAAUGGCGGAGUCUUCAGCAAAGAGAUGUCGGUCGAAUCGCCGUCGCACAACGGCCAGGGCUGCACAGCAAACGAAAUCACGACCGCUUCAGCGCCAUUAGCCUCGACCGAGGACGUGACCGAUUCUUCAGUUGCCACUAAAGAAAAUUCUCCAGUUGAUCUGCCGGCCGAAUCCUCCAUCACGUCGUCGUCGUCGUCCUCCAAGACCCGCGACAAUCCCCUCCUAAUUCGAUUGCGUCAAUGGACGGACCGAUUCGGUUUAAGUCCCGUCCGACCGGCCUCGGCCGAGCCGCCGGAAAACGGGAUCACAUCUGACGUGCCCAAAUCGCCAAAACUGCUCGGCUCCCGAAAAAUCGUCUCCACCAGUUUGUCCCGUCUCUUUAGUCGUUCGCCGUGUCACAAAGGAGCAGGUUCAGGCCAGCAGCAGCAGCAGCAAUCAGCAGCCAAUUUAGUUAAGAGUAAAGAGUCGAAUCAUUUGCUGUUCCAGGAAUCUUCCACGAGUAGCCAUCGGUUGUGCAAAAACAACGUCACGGCAAUCUCAUCCGCCAGCGCGGAUGUGUCGCGCAGUUUAGACAACGUCACGACAGCCGCCGACAUGAUGUCCGAUUCGACCAAUCAUCCCAACCAAAACGCUUAGAUCAAUGUCUCUCUCUCUCUCUGUAUUGUUUAUCUCAUUAAUGACGUAAAUUCAUUAAUGAAUAUUUAUUAUUUCCCCCUCUCCCUCUCCUUCGUUCGUUCACUUUUCUCAGCUUCACUGUGGGAAACAAAAAUUAUAUAUUCAUCUGAAAUGUUUUUUUCUCUCAGAAAUUGAUUGUCGUCAC